UUACGUUUGGGUAUAAAGGGGGAGGGGGAGACGCGGCAAAGGAAGGGAGAAACGUGUGUAUCUUACCGUCAUGCAUCCAUCAGCUGCGCUUAGGACAUUAUUACAUGUUAAAGGACGACAAACAGUAAUAACAGCCCUUUUAAAUUCCAAAAGUGUUUUCAGGAAAAAUGCGUUGCAGUUUUCAAGAAGUACAGGCGAUAAAGCAUCGGAUAAGGAUAACCUUUUGGAAAAGUACUAUGUUGCCAAACAAGCAUAUGAAGCUAAUUUACCCCCACCUGAAGUGAAUCCUCUUGGUGUUUUUGCUAAUAAUGAAUUGAAUCUCUCCCAAAUACAAGUAUAUGGAUUUGAUUACGAUUAUACUUUAGCAGUAUAUAAAGAAUCAUUACAUUAUUUGAUUUAUAACUUAGGAAGAGACUUUCUUGUAAAUAAAUUUAAGUAUCCUAAAGACAUUCUCAAGUUAACAUAUCAACCUGGAUUUGCAAUUCGUGGUUUACAUUAUGAUAUGCAAAAGGGUGUUUUGAUGAAAAUAGAUUCCUUUCAUCAAAUUCAGUUUGAGAGUGUGUAUAGGGGAAUGACCCAGUUAAGUAAAGAAGCUGUGAUCGAAAUUUAUGGAGGUUCCUAUAUACCUCAGGAAAUGAUAAGAGGAAAUGGUUCAGAAGCAAGAAUGAAGCAGCUGAAUGAUUUGUUUUCUGUGCCAGAGAUCUGCCUUCUGUCUAAUGUUACAGAUUAUUUUGAGAAACAGAAUAUAGCUUACCAUCCGGAAAUUCUGUCUUAUGAUAUACAAAAUGCUGUACAAAAUAUACAUCCUGUGAUGCAUAAACUUCUGGAUGAGGAUACUAUUGGGCAAUACCUUGAAAAUCAUCCAGAUAUGCCUAGGUUUCUUCAUAGGUUAAAGGCAGCUGGGAAGAAAAUGUUUUUAAUCACAAACAGUCCUUUCAAGUUUGUUGAUAAUGGUAUGAAGUACAUGAUAGGUCCUAACUGGGCAGAUCUUUUUGAUGUAAUAGUAGUUCAAGCAAGAAAACCCAAAUUUUUUAUGGAUCAAAGCAGGCCCUUUAGGAUUUAUGAUGUACCCUCCAACAGUCAACUCUGGGAAAGGGUUUUAUCUUUGGAUAAAGGGAAAGUGUACAUUGAAGGUAAUUUGAAUGAAUUGCAGCGUAUGACUGGCUGGUAUGGCAAUGCCGUUUUAUAUUUUGGUGAUCAAAUAUAUACUGACCUAGCAGAUUUGACAUUGCAUCAUGGGUGGAGAACUGGAGCAAUAAUACAAGAACUUACUAAAGAAAUAAAUAUUUUGAAUUCGGAGGAAUUUCGACAUGACGUUGGAUGGCUUCAAACACUGCAACAUCUGAUAGAAGAAAUGCAGGAUUUUGAAGAGGCAGAUGAUUUUAUUGAACAACUUUUAGUUGAACGUGACGAACUCCGUACUUUCACAAAAGCCAUGUUUAACAAGCAGUUUGGCAGCAUCUUCCGAACUCAUCACAACCCAACUUAUUUUUCUAGACGACUUUUUAGAUAUUCUGACAUUUACAUGUCCCAUAUUACUAAUUUGUUAAAUUUUUCCUUGAAACACACUUUUUAUCCAAGGAGAGGGGCACUGCCUCAUGAAUGUAAAGUACCUUUUAUUUAAAAAAAUAUUUAGACACAAAAGGUAUUUUAGUAACUAUUUUGUCAGAAAAAAUAUUUUGUUUAU